CCUGUCAUCCUCAUCUGACAUGUUCGCUGUUUAUUAUUUUUAUUGAUCUCAGUCCGCAUUCUCCAAAAACGCAGCUACUUGCUCCAGUUUCAUAAAAAAAUAGGUCUAAAUAACAAUACAUAACUUGGUAUUAUAAGGUAGCAGCAAUGCUGCCACGGCAAUAUUACAAUGAACAAGACGUUCGUAAACGGCAAAUUGAUACUUUAAAAAUAUUCAAUGACAACGUACAAGAAGUGACUGAAAAUACGGAGUAUAAAGUUGAUUUCACUAUUAAUGGGAAGAAUUUCAGCUUGAACGUGAUAUUAGGGCCGGAGUUUCCUAAUGAAAAGCCAGUUAUAUUGGUUAAUCCUCCGGUGUCGCAUCCUUGGGUUGCGGAGCAUUCAAGUCAAGUGGUCGGGGCUCCGGGGCUGAUUCAGUUUACUGUGCAUUCCGAUUUGGGGAGAGUGGUGCAUGCUGUUAUUAGGGAGCUCCAAAAGGCUCUGCCAGUAGAAGAAGAGCCCUCACAGAGCAGCCCCGCGCACACAUCACACUCCCUCCUGUUUCCGGAGCUUGGAGAGUUGACCAUUGAGGAGCUGCAUGAGAUCCUGGAGAACCCAGACUUGCAGGACAAACUUCUAGAAACCACGCCCCAACUCCUGGCACUGAACCUGGAGACAGAGGAACUCAUGUUGAGCAUCGAGAGGAUAGCCCGAGACAAUAUUGCAGAACAGCAGAGACUUGAUGAGAUGAAGACUGAUGUCGUGGACCGGAUAUCCGCACUGGUGCAGAUGAAGAUAAAUUAUGAGGAGCUUCAUACUAGACAUCAGAAAUUAUCAGAAGAGUAUGACCCACACCGCAUCAGGGAUUGCCUAAAGGCGGCCGCUUUGAAGGCAGACGAGGAUGCCGAAGCCAUCGCUGAACAGUUCCUACUAGGCAAGAUGCCAGUGGAGAGUUUCAUCUCGCAAUUCGCGGAAACGCGCGCCCGAGGGCAGGCGCGGCGCGCGCGCGAGGAGAGACUCGCGCACCAGCUGGCGCAGUUACACAGAGCCACCUAGGUCAGCUGACAACGUCUACGGUGAAUGCCAAUGUGACCAUGUACCAUAAGGGGUCAUCCAUUAGUUACA